CAUGGAUAUCUCAUGGAGAGGCGUCUUGCUCCUCUCUGUGAGAAUUGCCAAGCUCCAUUAUCAGUCAGCCACGUUCUGUUGGACUUCCCACUUUAUCAACGAGCACUCAUAAUUUACCUCUGUCGUCGUCUUCGCUCCGCUGCUCUCUCUUUACCUUCCCUUCUUGCUGAUGGACCCACCUUUCAUCCGGACUCUCUCAUUGACUUUUUGACAACAACUGACUUACUUCACAAAUUCUGAUACCUUCAGCCCUUUCUACUUCAAUCUCUUGCUACCCUCUACCCCCGUACUAUCCCCUGCCCAGCUGUUUUCUGUAACCUGCUGAUCAUCCCUCCUCCCUUCUGCCAUCCAAUACCCUCGCUUCCUUCCCUACCCUGCAGCGCUGUAUAGCCCUUGUGGCUUAGCGCUUCUUUUUUUAUUAUAAUAAUAAUUAGCGCUUCUUUUUGAUUAUAAUAAUAAUAAUUGGGGGGCCCAAGACUGUUCAACUGCCUCCUAGCAUACAUAAGGGGGAUUACCAAUAGACCCCUGGUUGUCUUCAAGAGGGAGCUGGACAGGCACGUAAAGUCAGUACCUAACCAGCUGGGCUGUGGUUCAUAUGUUGAUUUGUGUGCAGCCAGCAGUAACAGCCAGGUUGAUCAGACCCUGAUCCACCACAAGGCCUGGUCAAGUCCUGGCCAUGGGGGUGUUGACUCCCAGAACAUUCUCCAGUUAUACUCCAGAUAUGCCCAUCAAUAUCAUAUUACCUCCUUCCAUAAUUAUGUCUAUCCAUAUCAUAUUACCUCCUUCCUUUAUGUUUUUCGAGAAGAUUAAUUCAAGGAUAUCCAACAGAGUUGACCAGCAUUUUCAUAGCAAAAUUAUAUGCAAUACUUGUUGCUGUCACUUUGCAACCAUAGCUUCCUUUUCAUUCAUUGUACAGGAGUUUCGGACUCCCAAAGUGCAGUACAAAUUAGUCUGAAUAAAUGUGAAGUCACAGAUUUUUACCAUUUAAUUUUAUCUAUUAAGUGCUGUAUAGAAUACGUAUUAAAAUACUAUUUCUGUUUCAGGUGAAAAAGGCUUAUUACAACUUAUCCAAAACCUAUCAUCCUGACCAGUAUAAAGGAACUGAGGAUGCUUCUGUCAAGUUCCGAGAGAUAACAGAAGCUUAUGAAGUUUUGGGAAACUUUCAAAAGAGGAAGAUGUAUGACAAGGGAUUUUUUAAUAUUUCACCAGCUGCAACUCCAGCUGAAGCAGAGCAGUAUGCAGCAAAACUUUAUAAAUCACAAAGAAAGAAAAACAGUUCUCCAAUUACAAUGGGACAUACUCCUAUUUUUAACUUUGAUGAAUGGUCAAAGGCUCAUUAUGAUUUUAAUCGUGAGAGAAGAGAGGGUGCAAAAAUUCGACAUAAAAUAUAUCAGGAGAGGAAGUUAGCACGUAUUGAAAGGGCAAAAACAGACUCAGUUGUUGCACUAUUUUUGCUUGGAGUAAUUUUUUACAUGCUUUACAUGAUGCGUCACAAUGAGUAUGAUACUAGUAAAGAUAAAGGGACUGAAUCUCAGCUACUGGCCUCACCUCUUCACUGGCUGCAAAUGGGUUCUCUCUCUCCUGGCUUCGAGAGCCUUAUGUCAUUCCUCCUCCAGGUCUUGGAGGAGGAACGACUCCGGCAGGAGGCCUUGCAGGAGCAACUCCGGCAGGAGGCCUUGGAGGAGCAACUCCAGCCUCAAACCUUGGAGGAACAAAUCUUGAUUUCUAUCUCUCGUUCUAUGUGCACAUAUAUGUGUAAAGAUGGUCAACCUGUGGCAUAA